GUAUGUAUUAUGUUAUCAAACGUUGUGUUCAAACAAUUGAAGUCAAAAAUAUUGUUUAAUACUAUUUUCGGUAAAAGUAUUUUCAAGUGACCAGAGAUGGCCCGAAACGCCGAGAAAGCGAUGACCACUUUGGCCCGAUGGCGGCAAUCACAACUGGACGACACGGGAACGGGCGACAAACAGAGGCGACCAUAUCUGGCCUCUGAAUGCCAUGACUUGAAAGAGGCACAGAAGUGGCGAUUGGAUAUCAUCCGAGAAGUCAGCAAAAAAGUAACACAAAUACAAAACGCAGGAUUAGGUGAGUUCAGGAUCAGAGACCUCAACGAUCAGAUCAACAAAUUAUUAAGAGAAAAAAGACAUUGGGAGUAUCGGAUCCACCAAUUGGGCGGUUUUACACAUAAAACUGGUCCGCGAUUUGAGAAUACGGGCCGAGAAGUGGUGGGAAAUCGUGGUUAUAAGUACUUUGGCGCCGCUAAAGAUCUUCCCGGUGUUCGUGAACUAUUCUCACACGAACCACCACUUAUACCACGGAAGACACGCGCGGAACUCAUGAGAGACAUUGAUGCAGACUAUUAUGGGUUUAGAGAUGAAGACGACGGUGUGAUUGUUGCUGAAGAACAAAAACUCGAAAAACAAUUGUUGGCUGAAGUAAUGGCCAGCAAUGGUAUAGAAGAGUUUCAAGAAUUAAAUGAUAAGAGUGUUGACAACGACUUGGAUGAUGACUUGGACUCGAGUGGUCCCAAACGGUUCAUAUCAUAUGUACCAUACAUACCAACACAGGAAGAGGUACAACAAGAGCUGUUGCGCCGCAAGAAACAGGAGUUACUUGAAAAGUAUACUUCAGGUGAUAACUGAUGACUCAAUCAUUUUUUCAUUUUAAUUGUUAUACAAAUCGCGCGACAAUUCUCUGUAUAUAUAAUGUUAUA